AUGCAGUUCAAGACUCUCCUCAUCGCCUCUCUCAGCGGUCUCGCUGUCGCUGCCCCAAGCAAGACCACCGAGGCCAAGACCGAGAGCUCUCCCGUCCCCAAGACCUUCGGCCUCAUGGCUCUCCGCUCCGGCAGCCCCAUUCACUUCGCCAGCUUCAGCGCUACUGAGAGCGGCUUCGAGCUCCUUCUCCCCAAGGGCAAGCAGGGCGCCAAGUGUGCUGGCGGCAAGAAGGAGGAUACUGCUACUUUCCGUCUGAGCAAGGCUACUGAGCUUGUCCUUUACAACACUGGCAAGAACCAGCAGAUUGCCUACACUGACCGAUCAGGAAUGGGCCAAGGUGUUUUCCAGUACACUGACUCUGGUUCCUACGGUCGCAACUCAGAGACCAAGGGCUGGAAGGUUGACAAGUCUGGAAACCUCGUCUUCAGCAACAACAACGCUUCUUUCAUGGCCUGCCCCGGCCAGAAGGACAGCGACCCUUGGAGCGUCUGGGUCUCCACCGGUACAUCGCACCCUGGUUGGAAUGAGAAGGAGUGCCUUGGUUUUAACGCCCGCGUUGUUGAGAUUAAGAAGCCUGUUAGCUGCACUUACUCUCAGUACAGCAACUAA